AUCGAUUGCUUUAUGGACAGCGUGGGCCGGCGAACUGCUUUUUGAACCAGACCGUGUGUGUGCCAGUAUCCUUCUGUAGGUGUCUUUCUUGCUCUCUGCUUGGCGCUUGUAAGUGAUCUGUCCUCUUCUCCCUGUCUCCUUAUCCCUGUGAUCAUUGCCCUCGGAUGGUUGCUUGUUUGAUGGAUUUGCAAUAUCUACCGGCGCCUGCGGAUCAGUCAGUGUCGGACCGUCGCACUGUAUCGAUGGGUUUGGACAGGACUAGAAAGAAAAGCAUGAAGGGAAGACGGCAAGGCGCCCCACGCCCCCCUCCGAUCACAAUACAAGCCGACGCAGCGUCUUUUCGAACGCUCGUUCAAGAGCUUACCGGACCUGUAUUGAACAACAAGGAUGAAGUGACGGGUGGGGUUCACGAGGAGGAGCAUCGGCUAGUGCAUCAGCCACAGCAGUUGCAGAGGUGUUCACCGAGGAAUGUGAGCGAGAGAAUUCGGUCGAUGGCGCCGCCACCGUUGACAGCUCCGUUGUCGGCCAGCAUGAGGACAGUGCAAGGAGCGGAACUCCAGCAGCGAACCUGUGCGCAGCUGACAAAUGGGUGCUUCCAAGCUGUGCCGACGAAUGCCACGUGGGACUGUUUCUUGAGCUCUCUGAGUCCUUUCCAGAUGAUGUCCCCCAUACAAAGAGCUCAGCCGUUGGCGUCGCCGCGGUCGCAGCAGCAGCAGCAGCAGCAGCAGCAGCAGCAGCAACAGCACCUGCAGCAGCAGGAAGAUCAUCAGUUUUUCCAUCUACAACAGGGAGGGGGAGGGGACCAGCCACCGGUUAUGGUACAACCACCGCUAUUUUUCCCGGCGUCGCCGACGGAUCUUUUCUCGCCUGUGCUUACGCCCGCUAAUACCACACCUUUCUCCUUUCUGGGACCGGACUCGCCUGGGAGUAUCAAUUUCAAGGAGUUGAUGUCUGCCAUCAUGCAUCAGCAGCAGCAAGCGCUUGUACAGCAGCAGCAGCAAUCACUUGUGCAGCAGCAGCAGCAGCAAGCGCUUGUGCAGCAGCAGCAGCAGCAGCAGCAAGCCCUUGUGCAGCAGCAGCAGCAGCAAGCGCUUGUGCANCAGCAAGCGCUUGUGCAGCAGCAGCAGCAGCAGCAAGCGCUUGUGCAGCAGCAGCAGCAGCAAGCGCUUGUGCAGCAGCAGCAGCAGCAGCAGCAGCAGCAUCAAGAACAUCAGGACCUGCAGAUUCAGCAGCAGUUUGAACAGCAGCAGCAGCAGCAGCAGCAGCUGAAGCUCACCUCCAUGGAGCAGCAGCAGAGUAGGACGGUCGAUUGCAAGGAUCAGCCGCAGCAGGAGCAUAUUCCGGGCGGAGCCGGAGUUGUGGGCUCAGAGUUUGCGUUUCAGCGUCAGCAGCCCAACCAGGAACAGCAGCGACAUCCGCCGUCUUCGUCCGAUGAACUCAGCGGCUCGACCGGCGGCAGUGUUGACAGCGUCUUUGGCGAUCGGGAUGAGAGUAUUGGGUUUGAACUUCAGAGUAGCGCGAUGUCUGCCGGGGAAUUGCACUUCGACUGGACGGCAGCUGCUGCCGCUGCCGCUGCCGCGGUUGACAUGGGCCGAGCGGGUACUACUAGCCAAUCGUCUGCCGCUUCGUCGGUGUCUGGCUCGACGGACUUUUCCAGUGACUCCUCGGGCGAUAUGUUCCGAGCUCUCUCGUCAUCUUGUCUCGAUGACGAGGAUACGGACGCGAACUUCGGUGCGUUGGAUGCGAAGGGGAACUCCAACAUGGAGGACGUCUUCGACUGUUGUUUCAGGACUUCGUCGUCAUCUUCCACAUCCUCGUCAUUCGCAGGCGAUUCGGUUGGCUUUCACGGUAGUGAAUUCCCGUCUCCCAAUUUUAUGGCCAGUUUCGGGAUGACUCUCGCCGUAGCAUCGUCUAUGGGCUCACACGCGUUCCAGACGCCGUCGAAUCUCCCGACAGCAAUGGAUGGAGGUGGAGGUGGUUGCUUCAUUCAGGCAGACUUGUCGAUGGAACCGCCGUUGAUGGGAUGGUGACAGACGAGCUCUAUCUAAGUAAGUGAAGGUAGACUGCAAACAUAUAUAGCGAGAGCGAAGGCGUGGCCGGAAGGAGCACCUGAAGCACGGGAUGAGAUGUUAUCGAGUUGUAUGUGAAGGACCGGGAAGGCGGAGCGAAAGUGUAUCAUCUGCACAGCACGCCCUUGGGGGAUGAGGUGGUGCUUCUUCUUAAGGCAUUCACGCGGUCACUGUCACCCUCUCGAGGUGCCUGCGGCCGUAUGUGAUGAAGAGAGGAUGAUUCCGACGGAAAGGAAGAGGGGGAGCCCUUUUACCGUCUAGGUAUGCGGGGUUCGGCAAGUAGUGUCGGCGCGAUGGCUUUCUCUCUCUCUCUCCUCUCUCGUCUCUUUCUCUCUCUCUCUCCUCUUUCUCUCUCUCUCUCUCCUCUCUUUCUCUCUCCCCUCUCUCCUCUCUCUCUCUCUCUCCUCUUGACCGUUUCAAUGUGCGGUUCGUGUCAUAGGAGAAUCAGUGGAAAGCUCGGCGGUGUGAACGUGAGCUUCAACGAGGGCAAAUGGAGGAAUGUUAUAUCUAGAGAAGGAGCGAAGCAGAUUGCGACAGAUGGGGAAAGGAAGAGGCUUUGACCCCAAGAUAGGUUUGUUUGCUUCGGUGAAAAGGUGGCGAUAACCCGGAAGACGGCGGGAGAGGGGAGGAGGGAAGAGGAGAGGAGGAAGAACAGAAACAAUCAAACAUUUAAUUACUGCACCAGCGUGUUUGGCUUCGUGGGAAGCUCUUCUUCGUCCGGUCGUCACGUCUUGUUGUGUUGCCCAAGGGUAUUUCAUGAUUACGAUGUCUUUUCAGUCGCCUCAAGUAUGAACUGGCCUCUUCCUUCCUGUGUUUCUUCGAAAGGCCGGGUCGUGUUUCUUCGCCGCGGUCAAUUCACUGCCGCUUUCGGCUCUCUCCCGCGGUAUCAUCGUCAUCGUCAUCGACAUUGUCAUCGUCAUCGACAUUGUAUGUAAUAAGCGGCAGCUAGAGAACAACAUUUGGUCUGGUGUGUUUGCAGCAUUAGGCAGGCAGACAGAGUCGCCGACCCUCGGUGUGUGCGGGUGUCUUUUGGAUUGUCGUUUAUUUUUCUCCUCCGUGGUUCAUUAUAGUGUGUGUGUGUGUUGAGGAAGAAAUCGGCGAAAGAAGAUGACAUCGAGAACAGCUUCGGAUGUCGUCGAAUGCGGCAAUCGCUGGUCUUAAAUAUAUGUUGACGAGGAAGAAGAGACGGACGACGAGAGGGAGGGAGGGAGGGAGGGAGGGUCGAGAGUGAUGUCGGAACUGGGUUGACAGAUCUUGAGCGGCGACGGGGAGGGAGGGAGGCAUAUGGCCUCGACGACGCAUACCAGCAGCAGCUGUUUUGGUCUUUUCGGGGAUCAACUUCAAGUAGUAACAUCCUUCUUCUUCAUUUGUCCUCCCCUUGUGGGGCCAGCGUAGGUAAUGGCGCGAGAAGCUGUUCGUCGCAGUUGAUAAGACGUCGGCAAGCUUUUUAGGUUCCUCCUCCUCCUCCUCCUUCCCCCUUCCUCGCAUCGAUUCUUUUGCAUCGGCACACGUGAUACGUGAUGUGCGGGUGUCUUUGUUGUUAUAAGGCAGAGGAGGUGCGGCUGUUUACUUAAACAGCAAGUAUUCAAAUGGCGAGGUGGUGCGACUUGAGGCCAAAAAGGAGCACACCCGCUACGCUUGGGAUGGGAGGAUGGACUAGGGCGAGACGAUUAUUGACCGGCCAUUUGAUCGGACGGACGGAUGGAUUGGUGCUGAUGAAUUCAUGGUGGUUUUUGACGAUGAUUGUGCGAUCGAUAGAUUUUAAGAUGGUUUUCUUGUUCGUUUACAAGUUUGUCUAUAUGUGCGCAUAACUUCUGUUUAUAUAUGUUUAUGACACCUUACGAAUUCCAGUCCUGUAGGGUACUUGCACUCUUCGUUCUUAUAAAUCGAAGGAACGGAAUAGUGAAAAAGGAGAUGGGAGAAGCAAAUGGAGAGGGAGGUCGUGUGUUCGAUCCGCGUUGUUGUUCUGACAAAUUGCAAGUAAAGUAACGGAAUAGGGAAAGGAAGAUGAUGGGAGGAAGGGAAGUAGUGUGUGAUUGAUCAGCGUCCUCCUGUAAGGAUGCAACGCAACGCAACGCAAAUUUCGUGUGCGCGAGAGGGCAGCCGGUCGGUUAACUGUGCGAGAUUCGUUUCGCUUGUUCCUUUAGCGUCGUCGAAAGACUCUGGCGAUGUAAAUCAAAGGAGAGCAGGUGCGUAGCGAAAGCGAUUCGAUGGGAGAGAGGUAGUCGGGAAGAAGAGCGAGUGGAAGGGAGAGGAUAGAGUGCGUGCGGAGGAAGCGAGGGGAGGGCGGAGAUGUGGAGACAUAGGAGGAGUGGUCGUCGUCGUCGGAAACGAGUUGUUCGGUUGCGUUUUUUGUUCUUCGUUUCUUUUCAAUUGGAAUAUUUUUGAUAUUACCUUUGGUGAUUUGGAAUUAGGUUUUGCAUAUUAUCUUAGUUCGCCCUCUCUUUGGAGGGUUGUGGAAGCGAUGAUGUCCCGGCAUUAUCGAGAGUUUCUCGACCGCGGAGUCAAACGUGGACUUCUUUUCACAGUGAGGCACGAAUGGCGCGCUCGUGAGGAAGUUUAUCUUUGACUUCGAAAGUCGACAGUUUUACAAGGUGGGAGAAAUUACUGUGGGAGAAAUUACUUAGCACUGGUUGUUAGAUUGUUCAUUCAAUUAUGGUUACGGUUCUUCGCGAACAUUACUGUAUUAGGGGAAAAAAGGGAAUGUGGAUUCUUGGCCGUUCCGGCGGCACACGUUGGCGCGCAGUCUACACCCAGACACGUCGGCGCGCAUUCUACACCCACCGAGAACGGUCCUUUAUCGGGGCUUUCUUUCAGGAUGUUCAUCUUUUCACACGCGACUUGUGCGCUGAAGGUUCGUCUCUCAAACGCGCGACUUGGCGGAUGACAGUACGUCUCUCACACGCGACUUGUUUGCUGAAGGCUCGUUCGUUUCUGACUCGAGAUUUGUCUGAAGGCGUCGGCGGGAGAGACUCUUGUGCUCUGCUGCGAUAGGCAGAGUCUGUUGUGCGGAGAAGGACGCACUCGCGGGCGAUACUUUGUGUGCGUGGGUUCUUUGCGCAGGGGCCAUGGUAAUCUCCUUGGCAGUCUGUUGUGCGGAGAAGGACGCACUCGCGGGCGAUACUUUGUGUGCGUGGGAUCUUUGCGCAGGGGCCAUGAUGGUAAUCUCCUUUGUAUCGUUCCAACUUGAACGGAUGUCCUCAAGGACAUGCGGACGGUACUUUGUGCUCUAGCGGUUUGUGCAGUCAGUCAGUACCCUGUGAUUUUCCUCUGUUUAUGUACGUAUUACGGGCCUGGCUUCACCACUCCCCAAUUGUGAAGAAACACAAGGAUGGCUGGCGGGCGUGCCUUCUUUCCUCCUUAUCUUGGUGGUGGGUGAUAAGCCUAGGGCGGAAGGGGCGGGGGGGGGGGGGGGGGGGGGGGGGGGGGGGGGGGGGUUUGCGUUGUUUGGCAUCAGGAGGAGGUGAUGUGUUGUCAGUCAUUUGGCCUCUCCCUCUUGAGGGUGGAGGAAAGGAAAAGGUUAUUGAUAGGGGGGUGGUAAUGAUGGUGGCGGUGAUGAUGAUGAAGGGGGGUAGGUAAUCAUUAUUUUUCGAGUAGCUUGCGUAUUAUUCCGUUCGCGCGCACGUGGCGGACGACUCUGUAAAUGACUGCAAGGGCACGUUCUGGUGGCGUCUGUCGAGGGAUGAAGUGGGGUGCUCUUUGAGGGUCGGAGGCUGGUGCGUGCGGACGUUGGAUGGGGAAGAUUUCCGGGGUAGUCGCGAAGGAGUGGGGAGGCGGGGGGGGCGGUGGGGAGGGAGGGGGGCGCGCGGCCGGCCACCUGGCAGAGGUGUUGCCAGGCUGGAAUAGCGUCGAGUUGGCAGUGAUUUAUCCACUCUGGCGUCUCUGCCAGGGCUAUAUGGCCGCCUGUACCCCCUCCUGCCCGCGAUGUGUGGCAUAUUAUUCCAUCUUGUGACUAACGAAUUGUGUGAAAUUAAUUACAACGCACGUCUUUGGGUCGUGAUUUGUUGGAUUGGAAAAUACUCUGCAGAUGUAUUUAUUGAUGGAGGUGGUUAAGCGUUGGUUGUUACUGUGGAUGGCGGUGAAUGAAUGCGUGUGUAGAGC